UCACAACCAGCAUAUCCUAGUUUAGCUCUCCUUUCAGCUAACCUGCCUCUCCAAGAUGAAAGGGCCCAAUGCCAAGAAGCGCAAGACGUCCCAAGACCAGAACAAUGGCCGAAAUGACAACCAAGACGACAUCUUCACCUCGAAGCCCACGGCCGUUUUCACUCCAAAGGGAGGCCGGUCGCAUACCCUGAGCAUUGCGAUUCCGGGGAGUAUUGUGGCCAACUGCCAUUCCGUCGAACAGAAAUCAUUCCUUGCCGGAAGUAUCGCACGAGCCCUCGCCGUUUUCUGUGUCGAUGAAGUGAUCAUCUUCGAUGACGAUGAGAAAAGCAUUAACACCAAGAAGAACGAUAACGACUCGAACGACGCCAACGAAUCCCCUAUAACCAAACAGAAGCAUCAAAUCAGCAGGGACGACUUCCAACCGGGAGGAUUUACCGCCUAUUCCGAUCCCUCGCAUUAUCUCGCCCAUCUACUCUCGUACCUCGAAACCCCGCCGUACCUGCGGAAACAUCUCUUCCCCAUGCACCCCAACCUGCGAACCGCUGGUUUACUACCUAGUCUGGAUAUGCCACAUCAUCUGCGCGCGAACGAAUGGUGUGAUUACCGGGAUGGGAUCGCUGUCUCUGAAACAGUCGUGGACACCGGGUUACCGCAGAAAGUGAACAUUACGAACGAGCAGUUUUCCGACCAAUCGCGCGUCACUGUGCGGUUUUCGUCCCAAGAUGAUCCGGAGAACGCAGAAGCCGUUGAAUUCACCGCACCUCGUACGGAGGCUGGUUAUUACUGGGGUUACUCCGUGCGCCGCUGUGGUCCUCUCUCGUCUGUCUUUACGGAGUGUCCGUUUGACGGCGGAUACGAUCUCUCCUUUGGUACAUCAGAGCGCGGAUCACCUCUCACCGAGAUCCUGAAGCAAGAUGAAGGCGAUGGUGGUGGAGGCGAUUUAGGAUAUAAGCAUCUCCUCAUAAUAUUCGGCGGUGUCGCAGGUCUCGAGACCGCAGUUCGGAACGACCACCAACUGCGCGAUAUGGGUAUUCGUCCGACGGAGGCGGAGAAAUUGUUUGACCAUUGGGUGAAUAUCCUCCCCGGACAGGGGAGCAGGACUAUUCGUACGGAGGAAGCUGUCUGGCUGGGCCUGACGGGUUUACGGGGGUUGGUUGAGGGGACGCAUCGGCUGAGAGGGUCGUCGUAGAAAGGAAAAGUUCAUACCCGUGUAUCGUCAAGUGUUUGAUUGCAUGCUAGAUCUAUAUACAUGUUGAUUUUAUAGGUGUUUCCAGGCGCAUGGCAUUUCGCCUUAUGGGGAAGACAAAAGAGUCAAUAUAUUCACAAGUCGAGUUCCGAGCACACAGGAGCCAUUGUAUCAAAUCUUUCUAUAUCUGAACAGC